GUCUAGGGUUAAAAACCCUAAAGAAUAUUAUCAAUAAUCUAAUUAACAACACAGCAACUUACUAAAAGAAUAAGAAGAAAACCUUGACCUGCGUAAACUUACCCAACCAAAUGAAUCUGAGAUGGAGAUGGAGAUGGCGACGGCGAUGGGUGCGACGGCGAUUGCUGGAACUAGAGGCUGAGAAUGCCAAGUUUUCAUCUCAACUUGCAAACUGUCGCUGUCAUGAGAAAGAGGACAAGCGUUCUGCUGUAAGUUGUGAUAGUUCACUGGAGACAAGCAGGAAAUCAAACUCUGGAAGUAAGAAGAUCACCAAGGAGAUAGUAAAAGAGAAAGUGCCAGGUUAUGACACAAGGAUCAUGAAUCACCACUGCAAGAGAUAUGUUGCUCUGAAAGUCAUGUACUUUGGGCAGAGGUUUUAUGGUUUUGCUGCAGAGGCACAAAUGGAUCCAACUAUUGAGUCUGAAAUUUUUAAAGCUCUUGAAAAGACAAGGCUUUUAGUCGGUGACAAGAAGGAAUCACAUUACUCCAGAUGUGGUAGGACAGACAAGGGAGUAUCUGCUGUUGGGCAAGUGAUCGCUCUCUAUUUACGAUCAAACCUCAAGGAAACAUGUGAGAACAAUGAAGGUUCGAGAAAAAUGGUUUUCAAAGAGCAAUAUGAAGGUGAAAUCGAUUAUGUGAGGGUGUUGAAUCGAGCCCUUCCGGAUGAUAUUCGAGUUUUUGGCUGGUGUCCUGUUCCAUUGGGUUUCAAUGCGAGGUUUAGCUGUUUGGGCAGGGAGUAUUAUUAUUUAUUUUGGGGAGAAAAUCUGAAUCUCUUGGCUAUGGAGAGUGCUGGUAGGAAAUUUAUUGGCGAGCAUGACUUCAGAAACUUCUGUAAAAUGGAUGCACUAAAUGUACACAACUAUAGGCGGAAAGUCACUUCAUUUGCAAUCUCUCCUUGUGAUGUGAGGUGUGAUGAGAACCAGCUUUGGGCUAUCAAAAUUAAAGGUAGUGCUUUCCUCUGGCACCAAGUUCGAUGCAUGGUUGCUGUACUAUUCUUGAUCGGCCAAGGUCAUGAAUCUCCUGAUGUGAUAGAUGCGUUAUUGGAUACUGACAGAAUCCCCAGAAAACCUCAAUACAGCAUGGCCCCGGAAAUCCCGUUGGUUCUUCAGUCUUGUGAAUUUGAGGGUCUCAACUUCACUUGUUCGUCAGAUUCUAUGCAAGCUUUGCGUGUACACUUGGCAAAUGAAUGUCAAAAUUAUCAUCUCAAAGCAGCAAUCUUCCACGAGGCUCUGCAGAGCUGUUUGCCAAUAGAAAAAGAUCAGAGAUCCUUGGAUAAUGGAACAGUCAAGAAAAAAUCUUCCCAUGUCCCUCUCAUGUCACGGCCAACUGAGCCAUCGUAUGAAGAGAGACGUGCCAAAUUAAACACACGACAUAAAGACUGAAGAGUUCAUUAAUAUUAUAUCUGGAGAUUACAAAAGUAUAGCAGAUUCUACCAUUGAACUGCAGUAUGUUGUAUUGAUAAAUUAUUUGUUUCAUUUGCAUAAAUGUUGCUAUAUGAUUUUGUUAUCAAUGUAAUUUUCUUACUAGCGAUUUUUUUCGUUACUUUUUCUGUUAGGGGGAAUGCAUUUAACACA